CAUGUACUAAUAGGUAAGCAAAUCAAAUCAAUCACAUGACACAUGGUCCUCAUAGUUCCGGGACCCUCAAGUUAUCAAGCUCUUCUCCAACUACUUAUCUUAAUUUCACAUUUCUCAUAAUAAUGCAUUCAAAUAACAACCUCGCCAUUUUUGAUGUUAACUCUUCUGCAACACAAAAUCAUUCUCUAAAUACUCUAUUCCUCAUGAAUUUCUUCAUAUCACAAUGUCUUUCUCCAACAGUAGUAGUAGCAGUUCAUCUUCAAUUUUGAGUUUUUUAACUGUCGGUGAGAGAUUUUGUUCGGUGCUAGUACCGUUUAUCGCAGUCAUUGAAACACUCGUGUUUGCUGUUGCGCAUUGUUUUGAAUUAGAUCCUCAGAAUAAGAAGAAGAAGAAAAGUCAGUUUUCUUACGACGAUUUCGCUCGAUUCGCUGAUGAAUCUCCUCCAUUUACAGUUAAUGAAGUGGAGGCAUUGUAUGAAUUGUUCAAAAAAUUGAGUUGCUCUAUUGUUGAUGAUGGCUUAAUUCACAAGGAGGAACUGCAGUUGGGACUUUUCACAAGUCCCUUGAGUGGAAAUCUUUUCUUGGAUCGGGUCUUUGAUCUAUUUGAUGAAAAAAAGAAUGGUGUCAUUGAGUUCGAGGAAUUUAUUCAUGCUCUACGCGUGUUUCACCCCUAUGCACCUGUUGAUGAUAAAAUUAAUUUUGCGUUUAAGUUGUAUGAUUUGGGACAAACUGGUUUUAUUGAGCGUGAGGAAGUUAAGCAAAUGGUAAUAGCCAUUUUAUCAGAAUCAAGGUUGGAUUUACCAGACGAACUCCUGGAGUCUGUCAUUGACAAGACGUUUGCUGAUGCUGAUGCUGAUAGAGAUGGUAAAAUCUGCAUUGAAGAGUGGAAGGCUUUUGCUCUUCUUAAUCCUAGCCUCUUGAAGAUGAUGAGUAUUCCUUAUCUGAAGGAUAUAACUACAUGUUUCCCGAGUUUUAUUUUCAACACCGAGGUUGAAGAAUGACCAAAUGAGCAAUGUUUUUACGGGGAAAGAUGGAGAGCAUAAGCGUUCCUGGUAAACAUGCAUGGUUCUGGUAGUCACUGUGGCAAAGAUUUCUGCUCUUGGAGGAGCCUGCAGAUUGUAAGGCUCUUAAGUGCAAUGAGGAGCAACCACACUUCAUCAACUUUCCAUGCAAACCUAUAAUAUUUAUUUUUAUAGGGCUUGAGAUGUCUUCUGAUCUACGGCAAGGACUUCUGGCUCAUUUGGGAGAAGGUAAUCAACAAUGUCAAUGAUUUUAUUUGUAAACUUGCAAGAAAAGUCUCAUGUCAAUGUCAUGAAUGGAGUAUGGAACUCCAACUUCUAACACGUAUUUUUCUUGACACAUUUCCAUUAUUACUCAAUGCUACAUCUAAGGUGUUCAUGAAUAAUAAUGGAAAGUUAAAAGAAAAACAAGAUAUUUGAGCGAAAACAAGCAUUAUCAAUUUAUCAUGGACAUCAUCUUAUAUUUUCUCUAACAAAGGUACAUAUAUAUUCAAAUCAUUGUUCACACAAUUUAUUACCAGUACUAGCUUGUACCAUGGUCCAUGCAAAAUAGGCAUGAGGCCCUAGUUUAUGACAUUACUUGUAAUAUCCGUAGUUUCUGCUCAUCCAAUAGAUGGGUCAUGGAUAUGUAUUGUCAAUUUUUUUCAUUGAUUCAGUUAUAACAAAUGUAUUAUCUUCA